UGGUGCCGUCUGCCAAUCGAUAGACUCAGGUCUGCUCUGCAAUGGCGUCUUUAAUGCACAAGAAUCUGGUGCACCAGCGCGUUACCCGCGCCAAUCAGUUCAUAUGCUAUGGUUGCCGUAGCUUCAGCAGCAGCGCCCCAUGGUUUGCUGGGCAUAACCGGUGGUCUAAGAUCAAGCACGAUAAAGCCAAGGAAGACAAGCUAAAGAGCAAGGAGCGCCAACUCAUGAAUAAGGAGAUCAGCAAUGCAAUUCAGUUGUUUGGCCCUGACCCGGAGUACAAUCCGCGCCUGUCCCUUGCCCUCUCGAACGCGAAGCGAGCCGGAAUUCCCAAGAACGUUAUUGAAGCCGCUCUAGCCAGAGGAAAGGGCAUUAGUCUGACCGGUGAGGCGCUGGAGCAAGUCACUGUUGAGGCUAUCCUGCCACAUAAUGUUGCGCUCGUGAUUGAAUGCCAGACCGACUCAAAAGCCCGUCUAUUGCAGGACAUUAGACAUACCAUCAAGAACGCUGGCGGGUCCGCCACCCCAACAACCUAUUUGUUUGAGAAGAAAGGUAGAAUUGUUUUCGAGAAGAAGGAUGGUGUGGAUCCGGAUGACUACUUGGACCAGGCGAUCGAAGCGGGCGCAACCGAUAUUACAUCUGACGAUGAAGGUCGCCUUAUUGUCUUCACAGAACCCACAGAAACGAAGAGUGUUGGAGAAUCACUGUCAAAGGCAAUUGGAAUGCCCGUCGAGGAACUAGAAAUAUUCUGGGAUCCCAACAAAGACACCAUGGUGGACCUCAAAGACGAAGAGCAAGUGGAACAUAUCGAGAAAGCCAUGGCUAAGCUUCGAGAGGAGCCAUGUGUCAACGACAUAUAUAUGAACACGCGUCAGCUGUUCUAACAUUAUGCGGGCUAAGUUACGCGGGUCCCAACGCCGAGCACGUAUAGAG